AUGAUUAAAAAUGGUAAAAUAUGUAAUACUUUAAGAAAAUUGUUAAUAGUUAAUAAGUUUCCGUUAUGUAGACACACAAGUAGUCAGAAAUAUUUUGAAAAGGAGAAUGUAAAAAAUGCAAGUGAAGAAAAUAGUAAUUUGAAAGAUUCAAAUAAUAAACUUAAUUGGAAUUUAUGUGAAUUAAAAAUAGGAAAGCACUUUAGAGAAAUGUUUCAUGAUGGCUCAGAAAAAAAUUUUGAAAGUCAUCCAUUUAAUAGAAGAUUUGCUUAUAGUAAGAAAAGUUUUUUUCCAAUUGAGCCAAGAAAUCUAAGAUCUUUAGGAUUAAAUAGACAAAGAAAAAAAAAAAGGGGAAGAGGAGACAAAUGUCCAGGUAAAGGAAUAAGAGACAAACAUAAACAUAGAAAAUCUGGUAGACCUAACAGUCGAACAUUUGAAAGUGGUAGAACACCCUUAUAUAGAAGAUUGCCAAAAUGGCCAGAAGCAUGGUUAAGUAGACAAAAAAAAAACUAUGACUGUUUAAAUUUAUCAAAAUUGAGAUAUUUUAUUGAAAAAGGAAGAUUAGAUAUUAGAUUUCCUAUUACUCAAAGACAUUUACAUGAUUCAAAAUGUAUAAAAGUAAAAAAUGGAGUAAAAUUAUUUAAUGUUAAUGAUUAUCCAUUCCCUUAUAAAAUUGAUAUUGAAGUUUCUAACGCAGAUCAAUCUUCAAUUGAUGUUAUUAAAAAGGUCGGAGGAUCAGUUACUAUUAUUUAUAUGGAAAGAGUUAAUUUAAGAGCACAUAUAAAACCAUAUAAAUUUGAAAUUUUACCAAAAACUGCAAGACCUAAUCUUGAUAUGAUUCACUUUUUAGAAAGAAUGCGAAGUAAAGGGUGUAUUGUUAAAUAUAUCAAACCUUUAUGGUUAAUAGAAGAAGAGAAAAGAAUUAUAAACGAAUUAACAGAAAUGGAAGAAAAUGCUAAAUUAUGUGAAGAAUUUGACGAAAAUAAAAAUACUCAUAAAAAAGAGAAAGUAGAUAAAAUAAAUGAUAAAGAAAAAAUAUAUGAACAAGAAGAAGAUGAAGACGAAAGAAGAGAUAGACUACUGCAAAAAUACAGGUUGCAAUACACACAAAUGAGAAAAGAUGAUUAA